CCAAAUCGAUCUUAUCUGUACUAUAUUGUCUUCGUAGGGUUGCCCGCUUACAUCACAGAAAGGAUUCGUCGGCUUUACCAAGUCCGUGAAGGGCAGCUUAAACCAUUCACUUGGUGUGAUUAUCCUAAUUUCAACCUCAAUGAUAUUUUUACGCGAUUGCAAAUCCGGAACAGAGAAAAAAGACGAGGAAUACUGACCGACGAUGAAAUCACCAACAUGACCGCCAUCUUUAGGCCGCAUCCGAAGUGUCAGAAGCCACGGAUUGUUUUGAUAGAAGGGGAUCCUGGCAUGGGAAAAACCACGUACUCACAAAAACUGGCGUACGACUGGGCAAACAAACAAGAUGAAUGGGACGCGUCUUUUCCAGAGAUUGAAGUGCUGCUCUUGCUUCGAUGCAACGAUAUUAAAACUAGCAUUGAGGAAGCUAUUAAUGAUCAAAUUCUUCCUUGUGAUAUCGACAAAGAGGCUAAGGAGACUUUCUUUAAAUACAUCAAGGAAAACGAGUCGAAAGUUCUGCUUCUACUUGAUGGCUUAGAUGAAGCAGACUCCUGUAAACAAGAGAUGUUCCUAUCACUUGUCCAGAGUAAACUCUUCCCAGCUUGCCACAUUGUCAUUACUUCGCGUCAUGAGGACGGAAAGGAAAUAAGGCCAUACUGUGACACACUGUGGGAGAUUGUAGGAUUUACUAAAGAGGAUUCCAAAAGCUUUAUCAGAAAAUAUNCCCAGCUUGCCACAUUGUCAUUACUUCGCGUCAUGAGGACGGAAAGGAAAUAAGGCCAUACUGUGACACACUGUGGGAGAUUGUAGGAUUUACUAAAGAGGAUUCCAAAAGCUUUAUCAGAAAAUAUUUUCAAGGCAAGGAUCACUUAGCUCAGAAGUUGAUUCAAGAUCAUUUUAAUGAUUGGUUUGACAACCCAUCUCAUGAAUACAGCCUCGCCGAUUUGACGAAAAAUCCGCUUAACAUGACUUUAAUCUGUUGUCUUUUCGAAGAUUCCGAAGCCGUUUUUCAUUUAAGUAGAACCCUAUUAUACAUUGAAAUCGUCCUCCUUGUUUUAAGAAGAUAUGAAAAAAAGAAUGGACUUGCAAGCAAUGAAGACUUGAUUUUAGUUUACGAGAAAGAACUUUUGCUUCUGGGCAGCUUCGCGUUCAAUUCCGUCCGCGAGGGGAAGUUCUACUUUGAAAUACAGAGAGAUAUGGUCAAGUCUAUCAAUAAUCUUGAAUUCUUGUCUUUGCAACAAGGCGGCACUACGAGCAAACCUUGCACGCGCUGUGCAUUUUCACACAAAAGCUUUCAGGAGUUUUUUGCUGGUUUUUAUCUUGCGUUUCAGAUUAUCCAUGGACAAAUUGUUUUUACCGACGUUUUAACCGAUGAAAGAUAUUUCAAAGAACUAAGAUUGGUGUUUUUGUUCAUGUGUGGAAUCAUGGCUUCAAAAAACGAGGAAACUGGAAAUUCCCUCCUUAUUGGUAUGGCUGAGCACAUCAGUGGUCUUCUCCGUACAUCUGAUCAAAAAGUGAAAUCAUAUAUGGCGUUGGCUUGUGAUAGUUUAUUUGAACACUAUUUAAGCCUUGAAAAAAAGCAUUGGAAUGAAGAGAAACGGCUAACUUGCUCAGAGAAUACUUUCGGUAUGCACCUUGAUAUGUCUUCCUUGACUAAAGUGGAUUUGUCUUACACUGACAUAAAGGAUGCUGGUGCUGCUGCGAUUUCCGUGGUCCUUGAAAGCAACUCCUCCCUAACUUAUUUGGAUUUGAGUUCCAACAAGAUUUAUUCCGACGGAGCUUUUUGUCUUUCCAAGGGCCUCACAAAAAACUCCAUCCUGACUCAUUUGGAUUUGAGUGGCAACCGAAUUGGUGACAAUGGUGUUUCUUCUCUUUCCACGGCCUUCAAUAAAAACUCCUCCGCCCUGAUUUCCUUGAAAUUGAGUGGUAACAUGAUUAAAGAGGCUGGUGCUUCUUCUCUUUCCACGGCCCUCACAGCAAACUCCAUCCUGACUCAUUUGGAUUUGAGUAACAACUUGAUUCAUGACGAUGGCGCUUCUUCUCUCUCCACUGACCUCACAGCAAACUCCAUCCUGACUCAUCUGGAUUUGAGUAACAACAUGAUUGGUGAAAAUGGUGCUUCCUCUCUUUCCACGGCCCUCACAGCAAACUCCAGCCUGACUCAUUUGGAUUUGAGUAACAACUAUAUUCUUGACGAUGGCGCUUCUUCUCUUUCCACGGCCCUCACAGCAAACUCCAUCCUGACGCGUUUGUAUUUGUGUAGAACCUCUAUUCAUGACGUUGGCGUUUCUUCUCUUUCCAAGGCCCUCACAGCAAACUCCAGCCUGACUCAUUUGGAUUUGAGUAACAACUUUAUUCAUGACGAUGGCGCUUCUUCUCUUUCCACGGCCCUCAAUAAAAACUCCUCCGCCCUGAUUUUCUUGAAAUUGGGCAAACAAUAUUAGUAACGCUGGUGCUUCUUCUCUCUUCAAGGUGCUUCAAGCAAACCUUUUCCUGAAAAUUUGGAUUUGAGUUACAACAGGAUUGGUAACACUGGUGCUUCUUCUCUUUUCGAGGCGCUCCCAGCAAACUUUUCCCUGACCAAUUUUGAUUUGAGGGGUAACAGUAUCGGUAAAACUGGUGCAGCCUCUUUAAAAGACGUCACUGAGAAAAACAAUACAGUGAAUGUACGCUUAUAA